AUGUCCCGUCGUCGAGAUGAGCCGCAUCGGGCGCUUGAGCAUUUCGAGGAAUUUCAUUCGACUCUCAUCGCUCCAUCAGAUGACGAUUUGAGGGAACCGAUUGAGAGAUUGAUUAAAUUAUUUAAAUCGAGUUUAUUCAGUGCUCUAGUUGAGAUCCAAGAUCUCACCGAAGAUGUUUUGCUGAGUGAUCGAGUGGCUCGACCGCAAAAGGUAAUCGAAGUCCGAAGAAUCGCGGAACUCUGGGAGAAAUCGGCUCCAUUCCCUUCUUCAAAAUUGCGCCCAACCACUCCCACUCCAGCCAGAUACUCAGUCUCACUAACGAAUAGUGAAUCGUACCCCGAAGCCACUAUCACCAAAAACUCCCAUGACUCCGGCUUGCACUCGAAAUCAGCCAGUCAACAAGAGUUGAACUUCCAUAUUGAUGAAACGGGUCGAGCAUGGGAAUUCGAAGAGAUUACAUUGGAUCAAAGUCGUGUUGGACUCGGUUUUUCGUUUUCUGGAGGUGAUGAUGUGGCUUCAGCGAGAUCAAUUUAUGUCACUCAAGUGCUCCGAGGAGGAGCCGCCUAUGAGGAUGGACGUUUGAAACAAAAUGAUUUGAUCGUUCAAGUGAACAACGUCGACUUCAGCAAAGCCAGUCAUCACGAGGCGAAAGAGGCGCUGAAAGGAGCUGGAACUAUUGUUAAACUGAUCGUGAAACGCCGUCGAUUCGACCGUGAUGAGCCGAUGCCCGAAUUUCGAGACACCAGAUCCCAAUCUUUCACAACACUACCCGAUCCGGUUCCUCUUGCAAAAAACAAUCAAACAAUCUCCACCCCAUCACUUCCCCCACCACCUCCACCAGCUCGUUCACAACAAUAUCCAAUCAACGAACCUCCUAUCAUCAAGCCAUACUAUGGAGGAGUACGUGUAGAGAUUUAUAAGGGAUCCGGUGGGCUUGGCUUUAGUAUUUCUGGCGGAGUUGGAAAUGAACAGACACCAACUGAUGCAGGAAUUUUCAUCACUCGAGUCAUUCCAGGCGGUGUAGCAGAUUUAGAUGGAAGGAUUAAAGUUGGAGACAAGAUUGCGGCGGUGGAUAAUAUUUCGCUAGAGAAUGUGACUCACAAUUUCGCUCUCGAUGUCUUGCGAUCUACCGGAAUCAAGGUUGUACUUUGGAUUGUCAACAAUCCGAUUCCCGAGGUGACUGCGGCGCUGAUCGGUGGAGAGACUCCAGCUACUCCACAAGUCCCGCCAAGAACCUUUGGCGGCUCACAAACUGCUCUCAAUCAAACGACUCCGACAAGUCAAAAUGGAUCCUUUGGCGCUCCGCCAAUCCCACUUUACCCAAGAAACGUUCAACUCGUUCGUGGAGCUCAUGGACUUGGAUUUAAUAUUAUUGGAGGAGAAGAUGGAGAACCGAUUUAUAUAUCAAAUGUUCAUGGUGGAGGAGUGGCUGAUCAAAGUGGAAAUGUUUUCAAGGGAGAUGUGCUGUUGAAAGUGAAUGGAAUCGAUGUCGAGCAUGCAAGUCAUCAAGAAGCGGCUGAGGUCCUCAGAAACGCAAAGAACCCAAUCCUCUUGGUACUCCAGAAUCGAACUCAAGAAUGUACCCAGCUUGAGAAAAAGCUCAGUGAUUUAACGGUAAAAGAAUGGUAUGUGAGGACGAUGUUUGAGUUUGAUCCGGAACGAGAAGUUGGCAUUCCACAGAGAUGUAUGCCGUUUAAAUAUGGAGACAUUUUGCAUAUCAUUAACAGUGCUGACGAUAAUUGGUGGACGGCAAAGAAGGUGGCUGAUAAUGGAGACGAAGGACCAGAAGGAGUCAUUCCAUCAGUGCAUCGAAUUGAGAAAAAGGAAAAGCAACGAAGAAGAUCCGUCAAUUUCAACCAAUCACCUGCUCCAUUUCAAAGGGGAAUGGAUGGAAGAAGAGGAUCGAAGACACAACUCUCGUUCUCUCGCAAAUUCCCCUUUGUCAAGAGUACUGACAAGAUUCACGAGUUGGCUGAACAAGAAGCAAGUACCUCUGAUGAUCCAAUUCCUACAUAUCAAACGGUCGAAAAGGAAUCGCUUGCCUAUGUCCGUCCAGUGAUUGUUAUGGGAGCCUUGAGUCAAAAAUUGAACGAUGAACUCGUGAACAGAUAUCCGACAAGAUUCAGCAGCUGUGUGCCUCACACUUCUCGUGGUCAACAAGAGGGAGAAAUCAAUGGAAAGGAUUAUUAUUUCGUUUCAAAAACUCAAAUGGAGCAAGAUGUGAAGAAUAAUCUCUUCAUUGAGGCUGGUACUUACAAGGAGAAUUUGUAUGGAACGAGUAUUCAAGCGAUUCGAGACGUUAUGUCAACGAAUCGUCAUUGCCUUCUCGAUGUCGGCCAUGUGGCAAUCGAUCGUCUUCAGCGAAUCGCCAACAUUCAACCGAUCACAAUUUUCAUCAAACCAUCCAGCUAUCAAACCAUUUACGAGUGGGAUUACGGAAAUAUUAGUGAAGAUGAAGCUAUGGAUAUUUUUGAGAGAUGUCAACGAUUGGAACAACAUGCGGCCACCAAAUUUAAUUAUAUCAUUCCCAACGCGGAAACAACUGAUCAAAUUUUGGAACAAAUCAUAUAUUUCGUGCAACGAGAGUCCCUCCCAACUGCUUGGAUUUCAAAAGCACAA